CGGAUUUCUUCGGACACCUCACAGAAGUUAACCUGGAGCCAUAGCUGGUACUCAAGUCACCGGAUCGCCACAGUUUUUUUAUCCGGUAUUUGAUCAGAUUUACCCUGGUUAAGAAUCCUCUCAAGUUAUCGCUGAAAUGUCGAAAAUCGAGAUGUUGCGGCUUCUGAUCAACCAGCGGCUUACCGCGGCUGCAGAGGAGAUUUUCAAUGUGUUUGGGAGAACCAUAGUGGAAUAUGAGGAGGAGAUCUCCCGCUCCAAGCUGGAGAUUGACCGCCAGCGCCGGCUGCUGGAGCUCUCCAGGAAGCCGCGGAUCUCCCUGCAGGCCAACAGCUCAGCCGUCUCUGAGCAGCAGGACUGGAGCUCCAGCGUUGAGCUCAACGAAGAGGAACCUCCGAGUCACAUCAAAGAGGAGGAACCAGAGGAGGAUGUGUGGUCAGAUCCACCGGGCGAGAACAAUGUGGGUUUUCUGCUGUUCCAGAACAACUCAGCAAGAACGCAACAGGACAACGAUUCCACCGGGUCUCUGGGCUCAAAGUUCUGCCAGGACCUGGACGACCCAGACAUUGAUCCGCAGCCUGGAACCUCAGUCCAACAGACCUGCGCUGAGCUCAACAAUGAUCAACCUGUAGCUUUAGGAAACAGCCAGCAUGACUGUGUUGACAUGACUCUCCCUAAAGUAGUGGACUCCUAUAUCUGCACCAUCUGUGGCCAGGCGUUUUACCAGCGCAGUCAGUGGGCCAAACACACGCGGAUUCACCGAAAAAUUGACGGCAAAGUCGACAAAUCGUUCACGUGCGACAUUUGCGGGAAGAGACUGACGCGGUCAGACGGCUACCAGAAACACCUGCGGGUCCAUACGGGCGAGAAGCCGUACAGCUGCCACGUGUGCGGCCGCAGCUUCAGCGACAACUCCAACUUCAAGAGGCACAUCCGCAGACACAUGAAGGAGAAGUCCCAGCAGAGCUCAGGCUGAGCGUGGCAGCGGUCACAAAAAUGACUGAAUGGAUGCACAAAAAUACUUCAGUAUUUCUCUCACUGUCUUUUUUUUUUUAUUAACUCUGUACCUGAUAGCUGCCAUUGUUUUUAGUGGUAUGCUGCACAAUGGUGAAGUUUGUAGCAUUGCUGCUAGAAUGUUCGAAUCCCAGCCUGUGUAUGCCUUCCACAUGCAAAAGACUGUUCGAUUGACUGGUCUCUACAAAUUGUCCUUUGGUGUGCGUGUGCACGUCUGUGUGUGUGCGUGUGGGAGUGUGUGUGUGUGAUGGGCUGGCGACAUGUCCAGGAUGUACCCUGCCUAUCGUCCAAUGACUAUUGGAGAUGGGAAGCAGCCCAGCCUCAAUCAUACUUUUGUAAGCUAAUUGUAGUUUUUGUAAAGUUCUGACCUGCUGAAAUUCCUCCACCAACUGCACUAUGUUUCAUUCAAAAUCUAAUUUCUUUUCAUUUUUAAUUGGGAUUGAAUUGUUUCCUUUUUAUAAGCAUUUCUGCCUUAAAUUUGUCUUUGGAAAUCUGCAAAGAAAUAUCAUCCAGGUUUCUGGUUGUAGGUGUUUGUUUUUGCACUAAUAAAACCGAACUGAAAAUGAA